AUGGCGCCGGUGGGAUUACCUCCAGGUUUCCGAUUCCAUCCCACCGAUGAAGAGCUUGUGAAUUACUAUCUCAAAAGAAAAAUCCAUGGCCAACAGAUUGAACUCGAUAUCAUUCCUGAAGUUGAUCUCUAUAAAUGUGAACCAUGGGAGUUAGCAGAAAAGUCGUUUUUGCCGAGUCGAGAUCCCGAAUGGUAUUUUUUUGGACCACGAGACCGAAAAUAUCCAAAUGGGUUCAGAACAAACAGAGCGACAAGGGCCGGAUACUGGAAAUCAACAGGUAAGGAUCGGAGGGUUACGAGCCAAGGCCAGAAUAAUCGUGCGAUUGGAAUGAAGAAGACGUUGGUGUAUUACCGCGGGCGUGCGCCUCAAGGAAUUAGAACGGACUGGGUCAUGCACGAGUAUCGUCUCGACGAUAAAGAUUCCCAUGACACAUUCGGUAUCCAGGACUCAUAUGCACUAUGUCGUGUUUUCAAGAAGAAUGGAGUGUGUGUUGAACUCGAAGACAUUAACGGACAUGCAAGCAUGUCCAUGGUACAAUAUUCUCCGACAGUUACCAAUGAUUACGAGACCAUGUCACCAGAUGUUCCAGUGGCGUCAUCAUCAUGCUUAGACGAAGAUGAUAAAGACGAAUCUUGGAUGCAGUUCAUCACCGACGAUCCAUGGUGUUCUCCUAACAGUCCACAACAGACAUUAACGAACUAAAUACAACUAAACGCAUUUGUAUUGAAUAAAAUACAAGAAAAAAAUAUUCAUUUCUCUUGUAUUAUUGAUAAACCGUAAGU